AUGCAGUACACUUUUUGGAACUUUGUACCGAAAAAUUUGUUUGAACAGUUCAGAAGAAUAGCUAACUUUUAUUUUCUCAUCAUUUUUCUUGUUCAGUUAAUUAUUGAUACACCUACUAGUCCAGUUACAAGUGGACUUCCACUUUUAUUUGUCAUCACUGUAACAGCUAUCAAACAGGGUUAUGAAGAUUGGCUUCGACAUAAAGCCGACAGUGCAAUGAACCAAUGCCCUGUUCAUUUCAUUCAACAUGGUAAACUGGUUAGAAAACAAAGCCGAAAGUUAAGAGUUGGAGAUAUUGUGAUGGUAAAAGAAGAUGAAACUUUCCCAUGUGACUUAAUAUUUCUAUCAAGUAGUAGAGGGGACGGAACCUGUUUUGUUACAACAGCUAGUUUGGAUGGUGAAUCCAGUCAUAAAACUUACUAUGCUGUUCAGGAUACAAAGGCAUUUCACAAUGAGCAAGAAAUUGAUGCACUACAUGCUACCAUUGAAUGUGAACAACCUCAGCCUGACCUUUAUAAAUUUGUUGGUCGAAUAAAUGUUUACCAUGAUAGGAAUGAGCCUACUGCAAGGCCAUUAGGAUCUGAAAAUUUGCUUCUCAGAGGAGCCACUUUAAAGAACACAGAAAAAAUCUUUGGUGUUGCUAUAUACACCGGCAUGGAAACUAAGAUGGCUCUAAAUUACCAGGCAAAAUCACAGAAACGAUCUGCUGUAGAAAAAUCAAUGAAUGUAUUCCUUAUUGUAUACCUCUGUAUUCUAAUCAGUAAAGCGCUAAUAAAUACUGUCCUGAAGUAUGUGUGGCAGAGUGAGCCAUUUCGUGAUGAGCCAUGGUAUAAUCAGAAAACAGAGUCAGAAAGGAAAAGAAAUCUGUUUCUUCGAGCUUUUACAGACUUCCUUGCAUUCAUGGUUCUUUUCAACUACAUUAUUCCUGUAUCCAUGUAUGUCACUGUGGAAAUGCAGAAAUUUCUUGGUUCUUAUUUCCUUACCUGGGAUGAGGAAAUGUUUGAUGAGGACACAGGGGAAGGACCGCUGGUGAAUACUUCUGACCUCAAUGAGGAGUUGGGACAGGUUGAGUAUGUCUUCACAGAUAAAACAGGAACAUUAACAGAGAACAAUAUGGAAUUCAUAGAAUGCUGUAUUGAAGGGCAUGUUUAUGUUCCACAUGUAAUUUGCAAUGGCCAAAUUCUCCACGAUUGUACAGGCAUUGAUAUGAUUGAUUCUUCUCCAGGAGGAAGUGGAAAAGAGAGAGAAGAACUGUUUUUCCGAGCCCUCUGUCUUUGCCACACUGUUCAGGUGAAAGAUGAUGACAGUGUAGAUGGAUUAAAGAAAAACCAGCUCUCAAGAAGGUCCUGCAUAUAUAUAUCGUCUUCACCUGAUGAAGUUGCCUUAGUUGAGGGAAUACAAAGACUCGGUUACACCUACCUAAGGCUGAAGGACAAUUUUAUGGAAAUUUUAAAUCGGGAAAAUGUCAUAGAGAGAUUUGAAUUAUUAGAAGUUUUGAGUUUUGAUUCUGUGAGACGGCGAAUGAGUGUAAUUGUUAAAUCCUCAACAGGUGAUAUAUUUCUGUUUUGUAAGGGAGCAGAUUCUUCCAUAUUUCCUAGAGUUAAAGAAGGCAAAAUUGACCAAAUACGAUCCAGAGUUGAGCGCAAUGCAGUGGAGGGACUGCGAACGCUGUGUGUUGCCUAUAAAAAGCUCACAGAUAAGGAGUAUUCCAGUGCACAUAAACUGCUUCAGAAUGCCAAGCUGGCCCUUCAGGACCGGGAAAAGAAAUUGGCAGAAGCCUAUGAGAAGAUAGAAAGAGAUUUUAUUUUACUUGGUGCUACAGCUGUUGAGGAUCGACUACAAGAAAAAGCUGCUGAUACUAUUGAAGCACUUCAGAAAGCAGGAAUUAAUGUUUGGGUUCUGACAGGAGACAAAAUGGAGACCGCUGCAGCUACCUGCUAUGCUUGCAAACUCUUCCGGAGAAAUACACAAAUACUUGAGCUAACCACAAAGAAAAUUGAGGAACAGAGUUUACACGAUGUGCUUUUUGACCUAAGCAAAACUGUCCUAAGACACAGUGGCAGCUUAACCAGGGAUAGUUUCUCAGGACUUUCAAACGAUAUGCAAGAUUACGGCUUAAUUAUUGAUGGAGCAGCAUUAUCAUUAAUAAUGAAACCAAGACAAGAUGGGAGCUCUGGUAACUACCGAGAGCUCUUUCUUGAAAUUUGCAGGAACUGCAGUGCAGUGUUAUGCUGCCGAAUGGCACCUCUACAAAAAGCACAGAUUGUAAAAUUGAUUAAGUUAUCAAAGGAGCGUCCUAUCACUUUAGCAAUCGGUGAUGGAGCAAAUGAUGUCAGUAUGAUUCUAGAAGCACAUGUUGGUAUAGGAAUCAUUGGCAAAGAAGGUCGUCAAGCAGCGAGAAACAGUGACUAUGCAAUACCUAAAUUUAAACAUUUGAAAAAAAUGUUGCUUGUUCAUGGGCAUUUUUAUUAUGUUAGGAUAUCUGAACUUGUGCAAUACUUCUUUUAUAAGAAUGUCUGCUUCAUUUUCCCUCAGUUUUUAUAUCAGUUCUUUUGUGGGUUUUCACAACAGCCUUUAUAUGAUACUGCGUAUCUAACACUGUACAAUAUCAGCUUCACUUCCCUUCCUAUCCUCUUGUACAGUCUAAUGGAACAACAUGUCAGUGCAGACACACUCAAGAGAGAGCCUUCCCUAUACAGAGAUGUUGCCAAGAAUGCUUUGUUGCGCUGGCGUGCAUUUAUCUAUUGGACAUUCCUAGGGGUGUUUGAUGCUGUGGUAUUUUUCUUUGGUGCCUAUUUCUUGUUUGAAAACACAACUGUAACCAGCAACGGACAGCUAAUGACAACCAGCACUCACAUGAUGUUUGGAAACUGGACCUUUGGAACAUUGGUGUUUACUGUGCUUGUAUUCACAGUUACAUUGAAGCUUGCGCUAGAUACACAAUAUUGGACAUGGAUAAAUCACUUCAUGAUCUGGGGAUCACUGCUAUUCUACAUUAUCUUUUCUCUGCUCUGGGGAGGAAUUAUUUGGCCUUUUCUCAAUUAUCAGAGGAUGUAUUAUGUGUUCAUGCAAAUGCUGUCUAGUGGUCCUGCGUGGCUGGCUAUAAUCCUACUCAUAACUGUCAGCCUUCUUCCAGAUGUUCUUAAGAAGGUUUUAUGCAGACAGUUGUGGCCUACAGCAACAGAAAGAAUCCAGAAUGCAUCAAGGCACUGUCAGGACCACAUCUCAGAAUUCACACCUCUUGCCUGUCUGAAAAGCCCAAGAUACAGGAGCAGUGACUGCAGCAAUUCCCCAGCAAGAAGGUCUAAUUCUCAUUCUAAAAAAAUGAUGUUUACGCACUGGAAAGGCAUUGAUUAUUCAGUACUUCCAUCUGUCUUUGGCUACUCAAAUAAGCAUUGUCGUUCCAGUGCAGGCUACCGCUACAGUGGGUCAGGUUUGGAAACGUCCGUAUGACAGAACACCAAUUCAAGCCUUUAAAAACUGUUUUUGUUGAUUUCUAUUUUGCAAAAACAGGAAACAAACAUGUCAGAGAAAUAUAUUAAACUGUACUCGGCUUUUGCUGUCUGAAGUAUAUGUUCAGAUUAACAGGAUCAAGAGCUAUAAGUAUGAAACCUUCCAGGCCAGUUGGCCUCUUCUAUGUUUCAAACUACUGGAGCAAUGAACAAUCUGCACAGUCUGGUACUGUGAGACCGAUAGCACUAAAAAUUCGUCAUUCUCUGUCAAGAUUUUUAUGCAUUAUUGCUUCUGUCAUCUUUAGUCAUUUUGUUUUGUUACUUGGAGUUAUAGUUUCAGUCAGUGACCUACAAUUUGAGAUCAACAGUUUUAAUUUUCAGCCAGAAACAAUGACCUCAGUUAUCUCCAAUGAAAGUCUCCUAAAGCAUAUUUAACAAGUGCAGUUUCUGAUUUUGCUCUGUUCUUUUUCUUUCUUUGCUCUUUCUGUAGAACAAACUGGUGUUUCCUUUGUGCAAAUCUGCUUUCAAGAAACACUCUCUAAUGCUCACUUCCUUGUAAGUGGCCAAAUCAGGGCUUUGUAUGGUUUUGAGUUAGUUUUCCCCUGUAGAAAGAUAGGCAAAAUAAUUCUUGCAAAGCAUAUGCAUUGUACAAAGUCAAGUUGGCUGUUAAAUAGAUAAUUAUGAUCAGUGUCAGUGUCUACCCAAAAACUGAAUGUAAGCAUUUUGCCUAAAAUGUCUUUGUGGUUUUGUCAAAGAGAAAAAUUAGCCAGAGCUCUC